AACGACUUACACGCUGCGGCACAGCGUAACAACCCCACAACCACUCGCAACGGCCCGCUCAAUUCAAUGCUGCGUUCACAAGCCCCCCCGUGCGCGUCGACCGCGUCCUUACAAGCAUUCUCACAACCUCACUUUGAGAAUUGGGACAACCACACGCAGUGAUCGCUAUGGAUCCCCCACCACGACCACAGAGCGCCCUCCUCGCAUCCCCGCCCGAGCUCUCCCCGCUCGAGCAGGAGGUUCUGGAGGAGUAUGAGCGGCUGGCCGAGAACAUGAAAAACCUCGCCGCCAUCCUAGACGACCUCGCCGGCGCCCCGGCGUCCGACAUCCUCGACGGCCUGCGCGCCCUCGAGCGUCAGACCAGCCUCGUCUUCACCCUGCUCAAGGCGAGCGUGUACAGCAUCGUGCUGCAGCAGGAGAUCGACUGGGGCAGCGGCGACCAGCAAGGGCAAGGGCAAGGUCAGGGUCAUGGGCAUCACGGUCAGGAAGAGCAGCAGGGGGGUGAGGAGGACGAGGGGGAAGAAGGCUGAAGAGGAUUGAUUGGAGGGGAUUGAACCAGAUCAAGCGGCUGAGGGUGAGGUGAAACUUGACAGAAGGACCUUUUAUUUUUUUUUAAUUUUUUUUUCCCACCCCCGGCCAGAGAGCGGCCGAAACCGGUUCAGGUUCAGCGGGAGACAUCCAAGUCCCGUAUUUUACCAGAAACAGCCAUUCAUCAUUUGG